AGGCUAGGCGGACGUGACGUCAUAUGCAAACCAGCAAUUCUCAAAUACAACACCGGACGCGAAAAUGUGCGUUUUCUAGCGCGGCCGAUUCAUUCACUGUGUCGUUGUUAAUACCUUUUCAAGGGAGGGAUAUUUUAAUAAUGGUUUUAAUAAAGAACGCCUAAUACAAUAGGCACGUUUCAAGUACUGGGGGAAUCGAGUUACCUUUUAUUGUUGUCCCUAUGCUUCCCGCGCUAGCAUCACAACAGUUAGCUUUUGACGUCGUAAGAAAGAAACCACCGAGCAGCGUGUUGUUGUUUUCGAUUUGACAUGUUUUACAUGUUGGACGGCCAGGGUGAAACACUCGUCGGAAACUGUGAAAACAGUAACCAAUUAGCGCUUAUUCGGGGAGAAGAUGGGCUGAGCAACGCUGCAGCGACGAGGCAGGCGAACCAGAAGAAAAGAGGCAAGAAAAAAAGGCUUUGGUCGACGGAUUUGCGGCAUCAGCAGAACCCCAGGAGAAGCUUGCGCCUGUCAGACAACAACAACGCCCUGCCCGCCUCGUCUGCUCUUAAAUCCUCAGCCCAGCCAGGUUCCGAUCUGCCUGUCCGAACCCAAGCCGUCAUCAUGACCCGCCAUCUUUUGAAACAGGAAACCAAGAAAGAGCUGCCGAAAUCCAAAUGCGGCCGACUGGCGCGAGGGCCCGUGCAGCCAGUGGGUCCAGCAGUCCACGUUCUACUGAAAAACGAACAGAUCAACGUCGGUUACUACGGUAACGUCUGCAGACACAACCUGGGCCAACCCCCGCCAAAGAGAAAUGGGAGAAGCCCUUCAAACAAAACUCAGUCUCAUCCACAGCAGAACAAUGUGAAGAAGGUGCCGCCCGUCGACGGCGUGGCCGAACACCUCAAAGACGGUGAGAAGGUCUAUGCCGGGGCCAAGUUUAGCGAGCCGCCCUCGCCUAGCGUCUUACCCAGACCGCCAAGUCACUGGGUCAGAGAGGAUGGGCCGCAGCGGAGGAACCAAAGCCAAGAACUGAUGACGGUCCACUUAAAAUCGCUGCUGAAAGUUCGAGAUCAAGUGUGACUGCUCGUGGGACCUUUUCUGCGGACUAUUUAGUUUCCUUCUGGACACUGCGUGUGCACACUUGCUCACAUGAUGGUCUUGUACCUGUGCCCUCUGUUUGGACCCGCAGGAAAUAGUCUUAACAUGUCUCAGUGAUGCACUGGCAGCCUGGCAUUGAUGCACUAUUUCUACCAUGAAAUGUACAUAAUAUAUUUGUGUAUUCCUAUUUGAGAGAUUCUAGUUUUGUUACAGAGAUUUUUCCCACAAUGGUGGAAGCCAAGUCCUUUGACUGUGACCAAAAGAGAGUUCUCUCGCCGAGGCGUGGUGGUGCAGGAGCACACAGCUUGAGGACUAACUAAAGGCUGUUCACUGGUACCCUACGACCUCUGAAGUGAUGAAGCUCCUCAGAAGAAGAUGUGAGGGUUUUUGAAAUGUUAAAAGCACUUUUAAUCAAGACAAUAAGCAAAUAUGCAUCAAAGAUAAAGACCUCUUCGACUCUGA